CGUCGCACUCACAACUCUCGCUCUCAGCCUCAAUCACCACCAAUGGAUCCGCUGUCCUCGAUGCUCUCCUGCCUCUGCGGCAGCGACGACGAUUAUCACUGGCACAAGAACUCUGCAGGCUCUGCACAGCCCUUCAUUAGCAGCGCGGAGCUUAAGCGAGCAUUAUCCGCACCUCGCGCUCCUCCGCCUAAACGCACAGGGGAGCGUUUCACCGCAGCAGAAAAGGCCGUCGCGGACGUCCUCUCAAUCCUGCGUGCUGCAGAGAACGAUACCAGCGCCGAACUACCUCAGCAGGUCGACGACAUCGUGACGGCCCAGGGUGGCUGGACGGAGUGGAUCGCCGAGGGCAUUCUCAAUGGCAUCAAGGCCGUGCUGGAGCAGGGCGACCCGGACAAGAUCGGCAGCGCCAUGAAGAGCGCAUACGAUCGCUCCGUCGAUGCAGCGGGCACGGCCUUCCAAUUCGCCGAGGACCACCCCGUCGCGGCGGCUGGGCUGCUGACGAUCGUUGCGGUUGGCGUCUUGGUCCUGCUUGCGCCCGUCGUGGUUGAGGCUCUGGGCUUUGCCGAGCUGGGGCCAGUUGAAGGCUCGUUUGCUGCGUGGUGGGAGAGCACUUAUGCUGGGUACAUCCCCAAGGGUUCGUUGUUUUCGUUUUUCCAACGCCUGGGAAUGCUGUGGGGCAGAGCCUAGGGUAGCUGGCGGCGUGGUGUGGUGGAUGGUUAGGCUGAGGGUCUUAAGGUGCUGUUCUUCGUUGUGAGGUUUAUGGUCAUAUCAUCGGACCAAGCUGGUCCCGUGGGAAAUCAUCUCGCCAGCAUCUGCCUUCCAUGUGGCUUAGCAGUUGUCAAUCACUUCCUUCAUAUUUCGAUGCCUGUUUACCCAGACCACAUCUCUCUGCCCAUUAGCCUUUUCAUAAUCUCACAUUUAUUGAGAAUGAACUGUUGGCGUGACACGAAGACC